UCGCGGGGAGCGUGUCCGGGAGCGCGCGUGGGAUUUCUCUCUCUGCUGGAGGAACAUCGCGUUGAGGAAUUCUCCACAGGGCUUUCACCUGAACACACACAGUGUAUGGGCAUGCAUGUGUAGAUGUGUGUGUUUAUUCUGUUGGAUAAGGGACACGUGAUGGAUCACACUGAUCACACAUUUCGGGAAUGAUGGAAAACCUGUUAGGAAUAUAAAGGGACUUUACAGCCCGGAGUGUGAGCAGGACAUCAUCCUCACAGCACACACAUGAAUUAAGCAGUGUGUAUGAGAGAGCUGAGACGACCAGAGCCUGGAGGUCGAACUCACAAUCAGGACAUAAUCACGCACAAGAAUGAAGAUUAAAUACACCAUCUCCUUGGUCUUCAUCGUGGCUGUGGUCAUCAUCGAGAAGGAGAGCAACAUCAUCUCCAAGGUCUCGGAUAAGCUCUCUCUGAAGCAGACACCUCAGACUCCACUCCAGACCAGCGGAUCGUCUUGGUCACCUCUCCGACAAAAUGGUACCAGUGCUCCGGUCCUGUCUGAGCUUGACUUCUCAUCCUAUCUGGAAGUAAAAUGGCAUCUGGAGAACAUCACCGAGUCCAGCAAAGGCGGGAAACACAUACUCCUCUUGGCCACAACGCGUACAGGUUCCUCGUUUGUGGGCGAGUUUUUUAACCAGCAUGGCGCCAACAUGUUCUACCUGUUUGAGCCUCUUUGGCACGUGGAGCGCAUGCUAACUCUGGAGGGCGGAGGGACCAAUGGUACAGCUUUGACAAAGGCUUAUCGUGACGUUCUCCGUCAGCUCUUCUUGUGUGACUUCACCCUGCUGGAGAGUUUCAUUGAGCCACCACCAAAGGACCAUAUCACGACAGGACUAUUUCGUCGCGAGUCCAGCCAGUCAUUGUGCAACGAUCCUGUCUGCACACCAUUUGUGAAGAAGGGCUAUGAGCCUUACCAUUGCCGUAACCGGCGCUGCGGUCCACUAAACCUCACAUUAGCAUCCCAGUCCUGCCUGGGGAAGGAGCACCAUGCCAUCAAGUCUGUACGAGUACGGCAACUGGAGACGCUACGAUCAUUAGCAGAAGAUCCACGACUGGAUUUGAAGGUUAUUCAGCUGGUCCGGGAUCCUCGAGCCAUGCUAGCAUCCCGCAUGGUGGCCUUCGCGAACAAGUAUGAACACUGGAAGAGGUGGACCAUGAGUGGAGACAUUCCCGAGGAUGACAACGAAGUGAGAAAGCUCAGAGGGAACUGUGAGAACAUCCGCAUGUCUGCCGAAGUGGGUCUCAAACAGCCCCCAUGGUUGCGUGGGCGAUACAUGCUAGUGCGCUACGAGGACAUUGCCAUGUUUCCGAUGCUUAAAGCAGCUGAGAUGUACCAGUUUACUGGCAUCCCGUUCACUGCCCAGGUGAAGGAGUGGAUCUUGAGGAACACACAAGCAUCCAAUAAGGCUAGUGGCGUCUACUCGACCCAGAAAAACUCAUCCCAGCAGGUGGAGAAAUGGAGGUUUAGUAUGCCAUUUAAGCUCGCACAGAUGGUUCAGAAAAUUUGUGGUCCCACCAUGAAUUUGUUUGGGUACACGUUCGCAGAAAGUGAAGAGAUGCUGAUGGACAAAUCGAUCAGUUUGAUCGAAGAUAGGACUUUCUUAUGACUAUAGAAUAUUUUUUUCACACAGAACUUAGACUUUUUUUAGGAACUUUUUUAUUUUAUUUAUUAUGGAGAUUUGUUCAGAAACAAGGACAAUAGCUUAAAGAUCAAAUGCAUAGCUAUAAACCGUAUCACAAACGUCAUGGAGACGUGUGGAGAAAAUAAUUUGUCUGAAAUGUUGAUUAUCAUGUUUCUACAACCUUUUACUGUUACGUUUUACUGUUAUGUUCAUCAGCUAAAUGAUGUAGCAUAGGGCAUCUUUUUUUAAGUUACAUAUUUAUCAUUUCUGCUUUUCAGCUGGUUCAGGUGUCAACUCUGUUAUAAAUGCUGCUUUCAUCCCAAAGAUGAACCGUAAGAUGCAAAAGCUUUUUUGUAAUACUAGGAAAUCCAUUGAAACAGUACUUGUUACCAAAAUCAAUCAAAAAUGCAAACACUCAUGUUGCCGUGUACAUGCAUGUGUAAGUAUAUGGUAAGAGCCAGGAUCUUGAGGGAUGUACUCCUUGAAGGAAAAAAAAAAGUCCAUCCUGAAUGACCGAUGUGAAAUUCUGAGCUCUUGGUUUAAACUUUGGUUAAACUUUGGCUUCUUAUAUUACCCACCAUUUCCUGCUGAUCCUGGUGCAGUGGGACAUUUUCAGUUGUUGGAAUGCGAACAAAAACAUUUCAUCAAGGUAACCAGGAACUAUUGAGCUCAGUAAAUAUCUAGGGUAGUACGUUUACCAAUUAAGGUUCAAAUUUCUUAACAAAUCCUAUAAAGUUCAGUAUUGAUGUCGCUCAACGUUCUCAGCGUAAAAACACCCUCAGCUGGACUCAGGGCACUUUCAGUUGAAAAUAGCUGAAGCUCGUCAAUGUCACUUCUCUUUCAACAACCAAUCAAAAUCAAGAAGGGGCAGGACUUAUGAUAUCAACACUGUCAACAAUGGUCUGAAAUCCAGACACAACUUUUGCGUCAGUCAGUGUUUCUGUUCCAGCUGCUGUCUUGCCUGGUAUAUCUCCUGAUUACCAUGAGUUGACCUAGUGGUUAGCAUGUCUGCCUCUUGACUGGGAGAUCGCAAGUUCUACUUGCGGUCGGGUCAUACCAAAGACCAUCAUAAAAAUGGUACCUACUGCCAUCUGGCAAAACACACUCCAAUACAGAUGCGAGUAGGGAAGUCAAACUCUCAUGGUUAUCAGAGGACUAGUCCCCCCACUGUAACUCUAGCUGUAUAGGCAAAAGUCAGAGGGCUAUGGAAACGGAGAUCGGUGCCACACCUAUGUGCCUCAAAGACCUGGUUAGUACUGGGACAGGAGACUGCCUGGGAAGACCAGAUCCUGGUGUGGAAGGGACUUUGACUUCUCCUGAUUCCCAUGCUGAGAGCUGCUGCCAAUUCCAGGAUGUGAUUUCUGUCAUUUUAGCUAAACUUUUGAAAGUAAAUAAAGACUUGAUGCUCACAGCGAGGGUGGCACAGUGGUGUAGUUGUUAGCACUAUCACCCCACAACAAGAAGGUUCUUGGUUUGAGCCCAGUGGCUGAUGGGGACCUUUCUGUGUGGAGUUUGCAUGUUCUCCCCGUGUCUGCAUGGGUUUCCUCCGGGUGCUCCGGUUUCCCCCACAGUCCAAAGACAUGCAGGUUAGGAUAAUUGGUGGCUCUAAAUUGAUCGUAGGUCUGAAUGUGAGUGUGAAUGGUUGUCUCUGUGUGUCAGCCCUGUGAUGAUCUGGUGACUUGUCCAGGGUGUACCCCACCUCUCACCCAUAGUCGGCUGGGAUAGACUCCAGCUUGCCCUCGACCCUGCACAGAAUAAGCACUUAUGGAUAAUGGAUAGAUGUUCACAAUGAAGGAAUGUGGAAAUGCUGGAUGCUGGUUUUGUAACCUAGCCACAUUAAGCGCUUGAGAGAACCACUGCCAGGGCAAAAAAUGCAUCUGGGGACGUCAUCGUCAUUGUCACUGCCAUAACCAAUCUGGGCUUGAGGUGAACCAACAUGGGCCCUAAAGCUGUCACUGUCAGAAAUAGGGGUACAGUAGGAGUCCAUUUCUGUCCCCCAAGGUACCAUUUAAACUAAUGUACCCCUGAGGGCUCAUUAUUGGACCUUCGGAUAACUAUGUGUACCUUUUUAGGGACAAAAAGUAUAUGUUCCCAAGCAGAAUCUAAAGUAGGUCUAUACAAAUCCAUACCUUAGAGGGAGUGCCCCAGUGACAGGCUGUUGUACCCCUAAAGGUAUAAUAACGUACUUUAUUUUCUGAGAGCACAGAUAAACUAGCGGAGUAAUAAACAGGUUCACAAAUUAGCUAGCAUACUCUAUCUACAGAUUCACAAGAACUUGAUUUUCUAGCUAUGUGACUAAUCAUCUUGUUCACUAACUUAAUGGGUUACUAGUUUCCUCAAUGUUGUUUUUGGAACCUUCUCCAAAUCUUUUGUAGUAUAAGUAGCUGAAUGUUGUGUUUGAGCACAUGCUAGAUCAAAGGAUAACAUGCCUGUUUCAUGCUUGAGGCUGCCAGUUAAAAAACAACAACAACAACAACAACAACAAUUUUCUUUAUUUUUUUCUACUUAUGGCUUGCUAAGCAUCUGUUUUUGGAGGGAAUUUGCAUUUGGUGUAUUUGUAAUGUGUGCGCGUGCGUUUUGGGAGCAUUCCUUCUGCAGCUGGCUUGCAGAAACACGUGACUCCAUCUCCAUAGGUUUUAGCUGUAAACGCCUUCUGUCAACACUUAUCAUUGAUGUUAAUGUGUGAUAACGUUAGCAUCCAAACCUCACAGUGUGUUUCCAGUUCCAUUUUUAAUACACACCAUGUUGACUUCCUUCAUCACUCUGAAGUGUGUAUGAACGAAGUCACACCUGUAGCCAUUUGCACCAAAAACGAGCGUCCAGCAAAAACCAAACUCAGCAAGCUAGCUUGUUUACUAUCUAGCACAAUAAUGCAAUAAGGCUGAGUAACUAGUGAGGGUACUGUGUGUACUAGCAAGCUACUGAGCUAAAUAACUAGCCCACAUUUAGCUUUCUGUUACAGAUAGAAAACUGGAGUUAUCAAACGUGUUAAUUAGCUGGUUGCUACAGUACUCUAGCUGCAGGUUUUAAGUGCCUGAUUUGCCAGCUAUAUUGCUAAACAUCUAGUUCUCUAACUAGGGUACUAAGUUUGAUCGCCUGCUAGCAUGCUAACUAGCUAGUAGAAUAUUAGCUGUCAAUUAGAGAUAGAGGAGUGAAUCAAUAAACCAUGCUCAUUCACUAUUGGCUACAGGUUCUUAAGUAGCUGAUCUACUAGCUGUCUUGCUAAACAUCUGGUUCACCAACUGAUGAAGUUUGCUAACAAGCUAUCUAGCUAGCAUAAUCUUAGCUGCCCAUCAGCAGAAGUUUGAAAUAAUAAAACAGGUUCACAAAUUACAUUAAAUAUUCAAGCUACAGGUUUUAAAUAGCUGAUUUGCUAGCUGUCUCAGUUAUCAUCCUUGUUCACAAACUAGCUAUGGUAUUAGCUAGUUUCCUAAUAAGCUAGCAUGGUAACUUGUAAGCACAUUUUAGCUGUCAAUUACAGAUAGAGAAGUAGAGUAAUAAACACUUCACUAAUUAGCUAGUGUAUUCUAGCUACAGGUUCUGACAAGUAUCUGUUAUGCUAGCUAUUAUGCUAAUCACCUUGUUAGGUUACUGGUAAGCUAGCUAGCGUCCUAAAAACAAUAAAGUCCAUCAUCUCUCAUGUCCAGAUAGUUAGUUAGUUAAUUAGUGAACUAGUUAAUGUGCUAAAUAGCUGAUUUAAGUAUAUGGUGUUGCUAAUAAGUUAGCUUUCUAUCUAGCUAGCAUAAAAAGUAGCUGGACUGCUAGCCGUAUUAAUAACUGUGUGGAUUAUUAACUAGCCACGGUGCAAAGUACAUGGUUUACGAAGGAGCUAGCCUACUUGCUAGCUAGCAUAUUUCACUAACUUCUCUAAGUAGAUCAGUUUCUAUUCCAUCAUCAGAGUUGAUGUUCAUCAGUUAAAAACAGUAUUGGAGUACAGUCCUGGUGGUUUUAUUUAAUGGUUUAAAAAAAAAAAAAACAUGCUGUUUCACAGAUUUCUUGCUAAAAAUGUCUUGCAUCAAAAUUGUGUCCUUGUUUCAUGAAUUGUUGUUGGGAUUUAUUUAUGUUGAUAUUUUGGAAAUAUAUAAAGCAAAAGACUAAAAUGGGGUCUUCUGUGUUCUUCUAUCCUUGUAGCCGUUGAGCUAAUAUGGCUAAUCUGACAGGACUUUGGGGAGAAUUUGUAGUCACAUUCAUAUUGUACAUACUUUUCACACUGCUAAUGCUAGCUAACUGACAAACCUCGUCUCAUCUCAUCUCAUUAUCUCUAGCCGCUUUAUCCUGUUCUACAGGGUCGCAGGCAAGCUGAAGCCUAUCCCAGCUGACUACGGGCGAAAGGCGGGGUACACCCUGGACAAGUCGCCAGGUCAUCACAGGGCUGAAACAUAGACACAGACAACCAUUCACACUCACACCUACGGUCAAUUUAGAGUCACCAGUUAACCUAACCUGCAUGUCUUUGGACUGUGGGGGAAACCGGAGCACCCGGAGGAAACCCACGCGGACACGGGGAGAACAUGCAAACUCCGCACAGAAAGGCCCUCGCCAGCCACAGGGCUCGAACUCGGACCUUCUUGCUGUGAGGCGACAGCGCUAACCACUACGCCACCGUGUCGCCCAACUGACAAACCUAAGCUAGAAUUCCAGAAAAAUAAAUAUUUCACUCAUACCUAUAAAUGUUCAUAACCUCCAGCUUGCCUGCGACCCUAUAGAACAGGAUAAAGCAGCUAGAGAUAAUGAGAUGAGAUGUUUAUGACAUUCACUGCUUAUGUUAGCCUGGAGGCUAACAUGGCUGUCCUGACAUACUUGCUGACAUGAUUUUAUAGUUCACAUUCAUAUGCUCUAUGUUCAUAAUUUUCACUGUGGAUGGUAGCUGUCUCAGUCCAAUGCUUGCCCACCUGUCUCAGUCCAAGACACUCCCACCUAUCUCCUUCCAAGAUAUACCCACCUGUCUCAGUCCAAGAUACACCCACCUGUCUCAGUCUAAGGCUUGCCAAACUGUCAUCUUCCAAGACACUCCCACCUGUCUCAGUCCAAGACACACCCACCUGCCUCAGUCCAAGAUAUACCCACCUGUCUCAGUCUAAGGCUUGCCAAACUGUCAUCUUCCAAGACACUCCCACCUGUCUCAGUCCAAGAUAUACCCACCUGUCUCAGUCUAAGGCUUGCUCACCUGUCUCCUUCCAAGACACUCCCACCUGUCUCAAUCCAAGACACACCUACCUGUCUCCUUCCAUGAUACUCCCACCUGUCACAGUUCAAGACACACCCACCUGCCUCAGUCCAAGAAACUCCCACCUGUCUCAGUCCAAGACACUCCCACCUGUCUCAGUCCAAGACACACCCACCUGUCUCAGCCCAAGACACUCCCACCUGUCUCAGUCUAAGCCUUGCCCACUUGUCUCAGUCCAAGACACUCCCACUGGUCUCACUCCAAGACACUCCCACCUGUCUCAGUCCAAGACACACCCACCUGUCUCAGUCCAAGACACACCCACUUGUCUCAGUCUAAGACUUGCCCACCUGUCUCAGUCCAAGACACAUCCACCUGUCUCAGUCCAAGACACACCCACCUGUCUCCUUCCAAGACACUCUCACCUGUCUCAGUAUAAGGCUUGUCCACCUGUCUCUGUCCAGGAUACACUCAUCUGUCUCAAUUAAUGACUUACCAACCUGUCUCCCACCAAGACCUGUCCACAUGGCUCAGUCCAAGGCAUGCCCACCUAUCUUGAUCCAAGACACACCCACCUGUCUGUUCCUGUGCCUACACUGUAGAUUACAGUGUGUAAUAAAAUGUGCACAGCAUGAUCAUGACUAAUGUACUCUUCCUUAAUUAGUUAUGAGACACGAGGCAGUUUUAUACGUCUGUGUGUAACGUCUACCCAGCUAUUUAAACCAGGAGGGAAUUAACUAUCUGUCAGUUUGGGGAUUUUUGCUAUUUCAAGUCUUUAGCUUAAUGACUAAGAGUUUAUUGGAGUCUUUGCCAUAAUGAGGGCUUCUCUGUCACCCAGUCUGUAUUUAUUUCCCUUUUUUCAUUAACAUGAAUCAUUUUCUAUAACCCAUAUCCUGAAGCAGCGUUAUUUAAGAAAUGUGUGGGGGGCAGGAAGCUGUAAAUGCUACACAGUGAGGCCACAAAGCAGCCACGCACUCACAGCAGGGCCUUUCAUUUUUAGCACUGUUGAUCAUUAUGUCUUUUUUUAAACAUUUUAAGGUUAAAUGAGCCUGUGUCAGGUCUUAAAGUGGAUUUUAGCAGGUGUUGAUCAGAUGCUAAAGAAGUGAAGCAGGGAAAUGGAUCAGCUUCACGUGACAGAGUGAAUCAGGGAGUUUCCUCCAUUUCAGUUGGAACUGUUAAUUAAGAUCCACAUUCAGAAUCAGAGGAAAUCCCAAAGUGGCACUGUCGCUGUUCCAAAACACUCAUAAUGGCUUUUUGUGCUUUGGAAAAGUUUUGUGGCUUCUCAGACAGAUGAUUCUUCAGCUGUUGGUCUCACAGUCUCCUCUAGAAACAUUUCAACACAAUUUAACACAAAAAUACUUAAAACUAAAUAUGCUGGAUAUAAAAUGCCAUAAUCUACUCUGCGAACUAUCGCCAGCUAACUAACAUGAACUAACCUGGCAAGAUGAGGAAGGUCUGAAAAUCACAUACUUGCAUUUAAUAUCGACAUUUAUGUAGUCACUGCCUAAAAGCAGAGCUCCUGAUGAUUCUAUGAGCAAAAUAUUUCCAAGAACACAAAAUCCCCCUGAAUAGAAUAAUAAUAUUGCAGCACCAUGAACGAACCAUCGAAUUGUGUCGUGUCAUGUUUUUCACCUCAGUAAAUCACUGCAUUGUCUUGUGACAGUGAGACCAAUAAUGAGAUUCACAUUGCAGUUAUGAUACAUAUUUAUUCCUUUCUUUGACGCCGCAUGCCAUGCGCCAGAAACAACAACAGCACAUUUAUUAUGGUGAGACUCUGCUGGGUGCCUGGGGGACAGCAGUGAACCAGCGCUUUCACUUUACACCACUACUGUAGAGUUACCAUCCAAUAUCACACUCCGUACAUCACACAGCUGUCUGGUUUCAUCUCUCACAUCCACAUACAGCACCAUUAGGACUAAUCCCCAUGCACCUGUUCCUGAUUAGAGCUCAAUCACAGCAAGACAUUUAUGUAAGGACUCUGAGUAACACACAGACUUUGUGAAAGCCUUGUAUUUUGUGUCACUUUUCUGGUUUUGACCCUGUUUGUGUGUUUGGACUGUGAGUAUUGUAUUCCUCUGAUAUCCUGUCUGGGCCUCACUCCACCACUGCCUGGUUUUCCACUCAUUUUGGAUCUGUUUGCUCACGUGUUUUCAAUAAAACUCUUCCUGCACUUACAUCCAUCUAUCACCCUUACACGACACAAACUGUCAACUGUCCAACAAGUGAGUGGACUUGUAAAACUUUUAACUCAUUUUAUGUGAAACUUGUGUUGUGAAUAUUUUCUAUAAAAUGUGUGAGUAAAUAAUCCCACGUUAUUUUUUAAAAAAGCAAAUAAAAAAAUAAACAUUGGAUAAAAACCCAUCUAUCUUAUGGAAAUAAAGAGACAAAUAUCAUUG